CACCGAGCCGGAGGCGUAAAGGAUCUGUAGAGGCAUGGGCACGUGCUUCCCAGCGGUUUGCAUGGCAGCGCCCAGGCGAUGGUGCGCUUGUUUCAUUUUUGCGUUUGCUCUCCUCGUCAGCCUCGCGCUUCUGCGGCCACCGGGAGCAAGCCCCAGCCCCAGCCUAAGGCUGGUGGAGGGCGUUGAUUGGCAGAACGCCCCGCGGAUUGACCUGGUGUGUCGAACGUAUGGCGCGGCCAUUCAAAUAUUUUGGCAAACUUUCAUCCCGACCUACCUGAUGUUUUGGCCGAUCUCGUCAUGGAAGUCCAGCGGCCUCGUUGUCAUUCUGGACGGUGAUAGCGCUUUCGACCAUAGGAUCGGGACGCUCCUUCAGAAUAUAAACUUGCCGUCCAAGGUGCAAGUGAAAUACGAGACUCCUGCCCCCCCCGGCACGCUCUGCAACAACUGGCGGAGCGAAGGUUACGCCAGACAGCAAUACUCAAACUUCUAUGCUGACUUGUACACGGAUGCGGAUUAUAUGGGAAUUAUCGACACCGACGCCGCUUUCAUUUCGCCAGUGGUUCCGUCUGAUCUCUUCGACGAGGGAAAGCCAAUCCUACGGGGCAUGAACAUUAUCACUCAAUGGCAAAGUGAGACCAGCAGGAAAGCCACCGGGGGCUUCCCGUACGUGGGCAGGUUCAUGACGAGAAUCGCGUUCCCCAUCAUCAUUAAGUCUGAGCACUUCUCCCAGAUGAGGCAGGUCAUCGCGGAGAACCUGGGCGCCGAGACGUUUGAAGAGGCGUUCAAAGUGAUCUGUUCGGCGGGAAAGGAGAGCUAUUCCCAGUUCGAAAUUAUGAUCAACUACCUUUGGUAUUACCAUCACGAUGAGUACUCGUGGCACAUUGCGGACCGCGACAACGGCGACUUCCACGGACUCAACCUGCAAGGCCGUGCGAGGGCCUCCGAUGAUGGCAGUGUCGUGGCCGCGAACGUUCCGGCUAUCUUUGUCAUGAAGCACCUGGACGAUAAAGACGUCUUCACCUUGAACGACGACAUGUACGAGAACGUGUGCCUCGGCAGCAACAACGAGGCGGGGAACUGCCAAAGGCGGCCGCCGGCCCAGAAUGACGGCCACGCACAAACCCUCAAGUGGUCUGUCGGGAGCACCACGUGGGGUGACACGUACAAGGAUCACUCUCGUCGAGUCUCGCGGGCAGGGUCGGCGUUCCAGUGGCGAGGGGAAGAAGAUGAAGAUUGGGUUCAUGUGGGCGGCCAGUGAUCACCGCUGCCGUACCAUUUGAAGACUGACUGUUUACUGUAAAUGUGAAUGUGGGAUCGGCUGCGAUGAUGCCGACGUUUGAAGCGCAGUCGUGGGUGAGGAGCUUGUGUGGUACCUUCGGAACGUGCAGAGCAACCUAGGGAUACUUGGGAUCCUGGGAUCGGCAAGGGGCAAUGCCCGAAGUGUUUUUUAGCCUGUUUUGUGUACGAAAUCUGAACAGCAGUACAGUAGGAAUCCACCUCUACGAGUCUGUGGACUAAACUAAAGCCUGGGUAGAUCCGGGAUGUAUAUUUAGUGCUCCCUACGGCCCUGUGUUUUCAAUCAUUGUGCAUUUGGCCGUACAUAAGCGAUUGUUUGUCUUCUAUUCGUGUCGCGGCGUCAGACCGUAACACGAUCGUAAAUGUGUUAAGUAUUGUAGUUCGAACGCGGUCGAUUGAGGUGGUAUUCUUUGGCAGCCUUUAGCCUUUAGCGAUUCUUCCGCAGUAUUUGUCAUGAUGGCGGUUUUCAGGGUGGUUCAUGGAUGUACGUAGUCUACCGUUGUAAUUUUCCAACGUGUAGUUGGUGUUGGUCCAAAUUGACAAAUAUUACUUCUC